AUGGUGCAAGACUCGCCAUCCUUUGCCUAUGCAGACUCGUUUUCGCCUGCCCGGAACCACAGAAAGCGCAGGCCAAGACCAGACAGAGAUCCUGUCCCACCAGCCGUCCUUCUCGGCCGGACGACGGAAGACCUAGCGGCGGGCGAAUGGCUGCGGGAGUGUAAGAGUCCGUGGAACUCGCUCAUCGCUCAACUGCGUUCUCAACCUCUCUCCGGAACAGAGCAGCUGCGAGAGGCCUUCGCUGUCCUCCAACUCAGCUCGCCGGCCGUUCUCUGUCUCGGCCUGGGCAGCCCAUCCGCAUCGCGCGAUGCUCGCGCACAACUGGCCUUCCUCCUCGCUAUAUGUGACGACCUCUCCAUAAACCGCGCACAGGUAUCCAUAUAUGAUCCCGUCUUUACGGAGCAGGAUGUUCAGCUUCUCCAGACGCUCGGUAUCGCUUGUUUGGCUGAAGACAGGGCAAGUUUCCUCGCCUCGCAUAGCUCGCUGACACUGAAGCCCUGUCCAGCAAGCACGCUACAGACUCCGGGCCCCCACGCUCGUCUUCAUGCCGCAUUGCGAUCUCCACUUAUACGAAAACCUGCUGCGUGA